AAUAAUUUACAUGAUAAUCAUUUACUCAUACUUCGUAUACAGCAGAUAAUUAUACAAAAUCUGUCAUUAGUUUAUCAUUGAGGAAUAAUUUCAUUCGACUUAUAAAGAACAUAAAUUAGUGAAAAAGUUUUAAUGUUUUAAGUGGGAAAGUAAAAAGAAUUGAUAUAUAUUGUUAAAAUGGACGAUGAAACAUUAAACAAACUUGCAGUUGAGGCAUUAUUAGAAGAAGCAAAGCUUGGAGCAAAAAGAGCAGAAAUAAUGGGUCCUAGUGGAUGGAUAAAACCAAAAGAAUCUAUUAAUAAAAGAUUUCUUCACUCCACAUUACGUAAUGUUGUUCUUUCAAAUAAGUAUCAAUUAAAGAGAAAAAGUGACAAACAACUGCGUAUGUCUGAGAAUACAUUGAAGUAAUUUCUUUCUUUUGUUAUUUGUAUGUUAAAUUGCUUGCAACAGUUUUUGUUUUGCUUCUGUUAAUUCAGAAUUACAUUAUUCUAACAGCAUUGAAACCUACAUUAUUUAGCAUCUAUUGCAAGUUUCAUUGAACUAAAUAAAUUUAGAAGAAAAUAAAAAGAACAAACGAUAUUUAUUUAAUUAAGUAAUCUGAAAAAGGAUUACCAAGGUAUUUAAAUUGAUGUACAUCUAGAGAUGCUGCAAUGAAACUGUAAUGAAUGUAAAAUUUAAGAAAUACGAAUAACUGACAAAUAAUUUUAAGCAUAUUAGUAUUACGUGAUGUAGCAUGUGAUAUAAUACAUUGUACAAUACAAAGUAAUAAUAAGAAUUGAAUAAAUAAAUUACAACUUA